AUGAUCCCAUCUGCCAAAAGAUUAAUUAGAGGUCCAUUAAUUCGGUCUGCUAAUUACACUGUAGAAUCUUCGAUUACAUUGUUUCUUUAUGUAUUUAACCAGUUACACAUUGUAUUUAUGAGAAUAGUGCCCCAAAGUGUUAGAGUGUGGUGGCAGAAGUUCCUACAAGAUAUUUUUAUCGCAAUUUUAAAAGUAGGUCCGAUUCCAGAGCAUGUUUCAUUUAUAAUGGAUGGGAAUAGGAGAUAUGCUAAAUCCAAUAAUUUGCCUUUGAAAAAAGGUCAUGAGGCCGGUGGUUUUACUUUGUUAACUUUGGUUUAUAUAUGCAAGAAAAUGGGUGUAAAAUGUGUAAGCGCAUAUGCUUUUUCAAUCGAGAAUUUUAAUCGAUCUGAAGAAGAAGUUCAGACAUUAAUGGCACUUUUUAAUGCAAAAUUAGAAGAAUUUGCUAAUAGAGCACAAGAUUACAAAGACCCGUUAUAUGGUUCAAAAUUACGAAUUGUAGGCGAUAAGAGAUUAUUGACUCCUGAGACAAGGGCAAAAUUAAAAGAGGUUGAAAGAUUAACAAAAGAUGGUAAAGAUUUCACAUUUUACGUAUGUUUUCCAUACACAUCCAGAAAUGAUAUUCAACAUGCUAUAUAUAGGAAUUCAAAGGAUUAUAUUGAAAACAGGAUAAAAUUAGAUGAUAUCAAUUUAGAAAAAUUCAGCGAAAAGAUGUAUUUAGAUGAAUUUUCUCAGAAAUGUGAUAUAUUGAUAAGAACAAGUGGUCAUAGAAGAUUAUCAGAUUAUAUGUUAUGGCAAUCACAUCAAAGUUCAACCAUAGAAUUUGUUCCAACUCUAUGGCCAGAUUUCACCUUUACACAAAUGUGUCUCAUUUUCUUCCGCUGGUCAUUUUUUACAACAAUUCAAAUGUAUAACGAACAUGAAGGUUCUCAACAAUAUAUUUGGAAAAAUUUCUUACCAAGUAUACCUUUUAUGAAUAAAACACAUUAUGAACCAUUAGAAUCACUAGCAGACCCACCAGUGGCAGUCUCAGUGUUGGGUUGA